AUUCACUCCUGUGCACUUGACCUUCUAGCACUUUAAUCUGCCUCACAAUUUCUUUUUUGUUUAUGUUUUUCAUGUUUUUCAUUUAUUUAUAACUCCAGAUCUGCUGUAAUACAUGUGCUUGGGCCACUUGCCGAUAACCUUGACGACCUCAGUAAAGACCCCAGUCUGGCAGUAUGACCUCUCCUUAUGCAGCAGUACAAUUCUGCCCAGAGCGAGCCUUUCAACGAUUGAGAGAACCUGCAGCAGCUUGUCUCUCAUGGGCUGAAGGUUCUUUCCUGACCUCCAUGUCACAGGGCCAGGGCUCUCAGGGUACAGAUAUCCUCGGACAAGACGUCCUCAACCAGCUACUGGAGAUGCUGGACCAGUCUGCACUACAUUCAAUGCAGCCUAUCGAGCUGAACUUCUCUGAGGGCUCUGCAGUCGGAUCAGCAUCCAAUACUAUACAGAUUAGCAUGGACUGCAUCACGAUGCAUGGGCCUGAGGAGCCCCUUACACCACAGUAUACAAGUCUGGGGCUUCUCAACAGCAUGGAUCAAAAUGGUGGCUCCACCUCCACCAGCCCCUACAACAACGAUCAUGCUCAGAACAAUGUAACGGCACCAUCACCCUACGCCCAGCCCAGUUCCACCUUCGAAGCCCUGUCUCCAUCACCUGCCAUCCCAUCCAACACAGACUAUGCUGGCCCACACACCUUUGAUGUGUCCUUCCAGCAGUCCAGCACAGCCAAAUCAGCCACCUGGACGUACUCCACAGAGCUGAAGAAGCUGUACUGUCAGAUUGCCAAAACCUGUCCCAUUCAAAUCAAGGUCCUUACCAAUCCACCUCAGGGUGCAGUUAUACGGGCCAUGCCUGUCUAUAAGAAAGCUGAGCAUGUUACUGAGGUGGUCAAACGAUGCCCGAACCAUGAACUGAGCCGAGAGUUCAAUGACGGCCAAAUAGCCCCACCCAGUCACCUGAUUAGGGUUGAGGGGAACAGUCAUGCUCAAUACAUGGAAGAUUCCAUUACUGGGCGUCAGAGUGUACUGGUGCCUUACGAGCCCCCUCAGGUGGGCACAGAGUUCACAACCAUCCUGUACAAUUUCAUGUGUAACUCCAGCUGUGUUGGCGGAAUGAACAGACGGCCUAUUCUUAUCAUCGUCACUUUGGAAUCCAGAGAUGGUCAGGUUUUGGGCCGACGGUGUUUUGAGGCUCGUAUCUGCGCGUGUCCUGGACGUGACCGCAAAGCUGACGAAGACAGCAUCCGCAAACAGCAUGUCAGCGACGGCACAAAGAGCAGUGAGGGUAUGAAACGCCCUUUCCGCCAGGCCUCUCACCUGUCUCAGCACCCCUCCAUCAAGAAGCGAAGAUCCACCGAUGAGGAAGUGUUUUGUCUGCCUAUUAAAGGCCGUGAAAUCUAUGAGAUUUUGGUGAAAAUCAAAGAGUCUUUGGAACUCAUGCAGUUCCUCCCUCAGCACACUAUUGAGUCAUACAGACAGCAACAGCAGAACCUACUGCAGAAACAGAGCUCUCUGCCACCUCAACCCAACUUCGGUUCCAGCUCACCCACCCUCGGCAAGAACAAGCUGCCAUCAGUCAGUCAGCUCAUCAACCCCCAACAGCGUAACACACUCACCCCAUCCAGCAUGGCUGGAGGACUAACUGACAGUUUAUUACAGUCUCAACACUUUCCCCUCCCUUCAGUGACCCCUCCGAUGAUGGGCGGCCCUGUUCCCAUGAACACAGACAUGAGUGGCCUGAGCCCCACCAACCCCCUGCAGUCUCAGUUACAAAUGGUGCCCUCCUCUCACUGCACACCUCCGCCACCCUACCCAAUGGACAACAGUAUUUCCAGUUUCCUGUUGAGGCUGGGCUGUUCAGCCUGUUUGGACUAUUUCACAGCCCAAGGACUGACCAAUAUCUACCAGAUUGACAACUACAACUUGGAGGACUUGUCCAGGCUGAAGAUCCCCACAGAAUUCCAGCACAUCAUUUGGAAAGGAAUCAUGGAGUACCGGCAGACCAUGGAGUUUUCUCCACCUCCCCACAUCUUGCGCACCUCUAGCGGGACAUCCACUGUUAGCGUGGGCUCCACCGAAGCCAGAGGCGAGCGCGUAAUCGAUGCGGUGCGCUUCACUCUCCGUCAGACCAUUUCCUUCCCUCCGCGGGAUGACUGGACCGAUUUCUCCUUUGACCUGGCUCCCGAUUCCCGUCGCAACAAGCAACAGCGCAUCAAGGAGGAGGGCGAAUGAACACUAUACAUGCAUACAACGGCAACAGUGUACAUUUACUGUACACACACACACACACUCGGUUUCAUAUUAACACACUUGGUGUUGGUCCAGAUCGUUUCACAGUUUUCCUAAGCAAGUGAUGAUUAAAAAAACUGUGAGCCUCAUAGUCUAGUUCACUUACACUUAAAUGGGCAGAUAAAAUGCACUUAAAGUCCUUUAUGGUUUCAUUAUCUUCUGGUGGAUUUAGCUCUGGUUGUCAUUUCAAGCCCCUUUAUUGAACGCAAGCAGCUGUGGCUGAGGGGAAAUGGUGCUUUGCUAGAUUGUUUUGUCAUGUUUACUGUUUCUUGAGACGAAGCACUUAAGAAAUGCUGUUGUUACUACUCAUAAAAUACACACUGAACGUUUGGGGUUUCUUUCCUUCUUUUUAAAUGGCCAAUGGUAUAUUUCUACGUUAUUGUUCUUUUCUUUUUUUUGUAUAAAAAACCAAAACAAACAUUUUCCUCCCAGCAGGAGCUUUAGUGUUAAUUGUAACCAUUGUUGAGAAUUCCUUGCGGUUGAACAAAGUCAUUUUUAAAAGGCUGACGUUUGUCAGUUUUGAUUGUAUGUAUUUCGAAUCGCACAUGGUUCUCUAUUCUCGCAGAAAGUGUUAUUCGUCUAUUUUUAUUUGUGGUGUAAGACUGAUGUUGUCAUGUAGCCUCUUCUAUGUAAUACUGUAAACCCUUUGUAUCUUUUAUUUGUGAGUCGCAAACACUCCAAUACUAGAAUUGCAGUGUGUAAGUAUUGAAUUGAAUUGCUUGAACUGCUGUUUACUGGCCCGUAAAGUAUAAAAGUGAUUUUUAUUGGUUCAUUGGCCAAUGUGUUUGUACAUUGUCAAUGCAAUGUGGCUUCAGUAUUUUUUUUAAACUAGUUUUCCAAAUCACGUGAUACUCGUUGUUAGCCUGUUUGUGGCAAUAUUGUACAGUUUGUUUUUUUUUUUUCACUUUUAUUUGACAACUGAGUAAACAAUUCUUUAUCAAACUAUUAAGGAAAUAUUGUAAAUAUGUUGCAAUGUACUUAUUUUGAUAUAAACCAAAAAUAAAACAAAUAUCAUUUAA